CAAGAAUCUCACCGUCGCCAAAUCUCCCACUCUCCCUUUAAACGAUGCCGUUGAAAUGGGUAUUACAUUGGCAACCAAAUGCAGGAGCAACAGUAAACACUCAAAUCCUAAACGAAGUCUCUCAAUGUGCAGAAACCAUUAAUGGGGUCAAAGAAGGAAGAUGGAAAGCUGCUUUAACCUCUUAUAAACCCGUGCUUCGAGACCAGUCGUUAGCUCAGGAAUGCUUCGAGGUUGUUGAUCAUUCAUAUCUUUAUUAUCUAAAUUUUAGAAAAGAAAUCGGAGUUUUGAAUUUUAAUUUUGAUAUAAUAGACCAGUCGUUAGCUCAGGAAUUUCCGCGAGAUUUCUUGGGGAUAUCAUUACCUGACCAGCCGAAUAAGUAUUAUUUUAUGAUCAGAGGUCAGAGGUUACUUGUUGAAGCUGAUUCUUCAAUUCAGACUAUAAUGGAGAAACUUCAAUCUUAUAAAUCUAGGGUUGCGCUGCUUCUUGAAGGGUUUCAGUAUCAGCUUGGUGAUUUUCAAUUGAGAAUAGGAAAAGUUGUUCACAGUCAUUCUGAGAAUCUGAGAGGAAUUGUUAUGGAGGUGGAGUAUAUGCCCAUAUCUUCAAUAGAGAAAGCGAGGCCAAUCAUGGAAGAUUUCACAGAAAUAUGGCAAGAGACUAUCUCAAACAGAUCACUACCUGGACAUUUUGUGCAUAUAGAACCAAACUUUAGUGACUACGGUCUCUUAGAUCAGUAUAGCUCGCAACAUACAGCUCUGCAGUAUGCUACUGUUGUAGCUCAGCUGAUCGCAACACAGACAGUACAGGCAGGCAGAAACUAGCAAGAUCAAUAUAUGUUUUAUUGUAAAACUGAUCCGCUUUUGCUCGGAAGUUUAAUGUUAUGAUAAUAAUGCUCGAUAUGGACAUCCAGUUGAGUUA